AUGAAAGCCUUCACCAAACGCCUCCGGAGGCUGAUUACAGUCAUCUGGGGCGACUACCAGGCCAAUGACUUAUGGCAGCGCAUCGUGAAAUGCUCAAUUGCAUGUACCGCUGCUGUCAUAAUUGUCAUUACUCCCAAGGCAGUCUCCGUUUUCGGCCCUUCGACCUUUUUAGCCCCGAUGGCGACCGUCUUUGCUCAUCCUGGUCAGCGAAUGGGCACCAUGAUCGAGUCUCUUUUUAUGCUUCUGCUGGGCUCUCUGUUAGGACUUGGGUGGUCCCUACUUGGCCUCUUCCUAUCAAGCCUCGUGUUCGAACACAACGAGCCGGCCGCCUAUGCCAUCCGAGCAAUGUUCCUGCUCGUGUCCGUUCUGGUUCAUGGCUACGUGAGAUCCUCGAGUCCACGUGUCUUCUUGUUCGUCGCCUUCCUCCUUAUUGCCAGUAUUAUCGUACUCCUUGGGGGCGCUCAUGAGGUAACCUUGACUGUUUUCACCAAUGUGCUCUACCCAAUCCUUGCUGGUGGUGGUGUUACCGUGGUGGUCAACAUAUCCAUGUUCCCUGAGUUGUCGAGUAGCUUUCUUGGUCUCUCUGCUAUCGAUUCUCUUUGCGAAACCAUGGAUACUCUUACUCGCGCCACCCAUUGGUUUGUUACUCCCGGCGGCGAUUCGCAACAAGACCUGCACCCAGUCGGUCUAACCCUGACAACUACGGCCAUAAGCUCUCCCGAGAAACCGAAACGCAAAAAGGGCCGCUUCCGAAAGUUCUUGGACGGCUUUCCAAAUCCAUUUAAACCAGCUCAAGGGCGCUAUCGUGCCUCGACGGUCCCAGUUGGACUUACAACAGUCGCCAGCUUGACGGGGAAAAAGGCAAAGCUUCGUACUCGACUUGCUCGUUGUAAGGCAGCUCAAAGGGAGGUCAACUAUGAACUCUCUAUCUCGGCUCUUCCUCCGAGUAGCAUGAAGCCCUUGAGUACUUCAUACAUGAGCAGUCUUGUUCAGAGCACUAUAACUGUCAUCGGAGCUUGCGAAAACAAGUUCAUUGUCCUGGAAAACGACGAUCGUUCUGAAGACGACAAUCUUACAGCAACCGACAGUUUCGUUAGCGAUGCCAGCGGUAUCAAACGCAUGUCCACUUUUGAUGACUACCUACGGAGAGUCCAGAAUGCGAAGCCGCUCAGAGAGAUUGAGGCAAGCAGCGCCAGUCUGUUGGAGUCGAUUCUAGAGAGGAUUCGUGAGCCUGUUCAAGAGUUUGAGGCUUCACUCAAAGAGGCGGUACGCUUGGUCAUUGUAUGUUUGGCCUAUUGUUACGAUGUGCCGAGGUUGCCAUCAGGUGCGCCCGCUCCGAAAGGAAUUCAUUUGGAGGAACUGGACUUUAGGAUCGACGUCUUUAACGAGGCCAUCACCAACUUUGACGCCAGCUGUGCGAUGGAGCUUCGACGCUCAGCAUUGGAUGAAACUGGGCACAGCAUUGACUUUAUGCCCCGGAUGGAAACGUUUCUCAUUUCUUCCUUUGUGCUGGCGUUUCGUCAGUCUGCGAUGCAUAUCCUCGAGAUGUUGCGUCACGUUCGAAAGGUUGUUGAGGAGAGGAAGGCUCGAAACGAUAAAUCGUCUGUUUGGUUCCCCAAGCACAUCAAUAUCCGGCAAUGGUUGACAACUGGUGGUGAAAUCGAUGGUCUCGUCCUCCCCGAAACAGGUCGAAAGGAGGUCCGCCGAGGAAAAGCACCACCUGGCUCCAAGGCCAAGAACCAGACGCAUCAUAAGAAAAACGACGAACAUAUUGAGCAAUCAGAUCCAAAGGACGAAGAAAAGGGGAUCAGAUUUGCGGAACCCGAGAGGUCGACGGACCAAGAAACUACGCCCCAAAAGGAAGAGACCAAGUCGGAGGACGACUCGAAAGAUGUGAGCAACGAGAGCAAAAUUCUCAAGUUCAGGGGGAAAGCAGCAGACGCCCUUGAGUGGAUUCAGGAUUCAGACGACAUCUCAUAUGCUCUCAAGCUCGCUCUUGCUGUCUUCUCUGUGAGCUGGCCUGCAUUCGUGGCUUCUUGGAACGGCUGGUAUUCGGAGGUCCGCGGUAUUUGGGCGCCCAUGCAGUUGAUUCUCGUCUUUGAAGUGGCUAUAGGCACUUCGUUCUUCAUCUUCUUUAUCCGUCUGAUUGGCGUGAUAUUUGGCUGUGUUCUUGGAUACCUUUCCUACGAGAUAGGGAGGGGGAGUCGGGUGGCCAUGGUUUUUAUUCUGGUGGUUGGCAUAGUUCCAUCGUUCUAUAUCCAGCUUGGAACCAAAUACGUCAAGGCUGGCAUGGUGGCUACAGUGACGAUGGUUGUCGUCGCCCUUGGUUUGUCUACCACUACUCUAGCUGCCAUGAACGGUUCUGGUACCGCCUACGAAAACUUUUACAAGCGAUUGACUGCGUUUGUCAUCGGAGGAGCAGUCGCUCUUCUCGUUGAGAUGCUGCUUUUUCCAGUCAGAGCGCGGGAUCGACUGCUUGAAUCCCUCUCAGCCUCUGUCAAACAGGUACAAAACAUGCAGGCUUCAAUGGCAGUUGGGCUAGACAGUCCGAUAAAGCCCGACUUUCGGAAUCCAGGGCUUCACAAACGAUUUAAUCAUGCCCGAAGCAAAGCACGCGGUGCGCUGGCUGCGGCGGAGACUUUUCUUCCCUUCUGUACGACUGAGCCGCGUCUCAAGGGAAGCUUCAAGCCACUUGAGCCAAUCUACAAAGAGAUUCUCUAUGUACUGCACCAGAUCAUUGACAGGAUGGACAAUGUGGUUCAGCUACGGAAAGAAUAUGGCUCCUCGAUCUUGGAGGACCUGAACCCCAAGGUCCACGCAUAUCGACGCAACGUGGCUGCCAGUAUUAUGCUUGUUCUCUUUUCAGUAAACGAGGCUCUCAUAACAUGGCAGCCCUUACCUCAGUUCAUCCCAUCAAGUCGCCUCGCCCAACUUCGCCUUGUCAAUCACGUCCGCGAAGUGCUGGCGUCGCGGAGUGGUACGCACACGCCUGCCGGUGGUGUGCCGACUGUAUUUGAUGAGAAUGGCGAACUGGCUCAACAAGUUGCUCAUCUCAUCACGCAGAAGCGCUUCUUGUCUUGGAACGCAAGUACUGCAGGUCAGAUGGAGAUUAUUGAGUAUCUUGAAGAGCUUGUUGAGCUUGUCAAGCUCCUCGUAGGGGUUAACGCUUUCCGUAGCGGACUACUUGAGAAGCCUGAGUAUAGCAACUACCGUCAGCGCGCCCAUUUGAACCACGUACCCCUGGCUUCUGUGCCUACCGUCGAGAGCAGCACAGCCGGGGUUCCGGCAGAGGAAAAGAAGGGCGUGGAGGAGGCCGUGGACAGUGAUAGCGAGGAGGAUAUACCCAUGAGCUUACAGAGAGUUGGAACACGGUUAUGUGAGAACGAUGCGGUUGUUCGGCGUCGGGCGUUUACACUGAGUCACGACAAUAGGUGA